GUGAGCUUGUUUUAUAACUCUAGUGUUCAUUGUACAACAGGAAAUCAUGUCGGACCCGGUCGCUUCCAAGUCUGGCUUUCUAUGCAUGUACAUGAAGAACCAUCCUGAUACAUUGGUGGCAUAUGUCAAAUAUUUCGGGAAAGUCGAGGGCAACGUGCUCACUGCUGAGAUGUCUAGCAUUGACUCCAAGGAUAUGACGCUUGUGUAUAAACUCAAAUCCGGACAAUCGAAUACCAGCCGGGUGUCAUUUGACCCGCCACUUUCGGGGUAUGAGGAAGUCAAACCACGGCUUCUGAGUAUGAAGGCGGAGGCUCAGGAAGGUCUUGGUAUGCUCAAAGCUCCCCAAAUAACCACAUUUCGGAUUCCUCGCACAAGUGUAUUCACAGGAAUCCUUUUGUUCGCAUACUUCUAUUUCCUUUCGCCACCAGCGCCUGAUACUACAUUCCUCUCCGUACCUGUCACCACCGUAAAUGCAUUCUUCUCCCCAGCGCACGCGUUUAGAAACGCCACUGGUCUCGGUCUUUCCUUCCGGACCGCUUGCGCAAUAUUCUGCACCAUCCAUGGCGCUGAAACAUUUUACACCUGGUCACUUUGCAGGCAAUAUGUUAAGGGUGCUAUAGUAACGGCUGCUUAUGUUGGCUCUACGAUGAUGUUAGGAUACCCAAUAUGGUCAGACCUCAAAAGACGCGUUCAACAGAAACGCAUUGAGAGCGUUAUGAAGGCUGAGUGAUCGACCUGUGCGCUUGCUUUCCAGGAUGAUUGUAUAUGUUCUUAUAUGAUGACAUCGAUGUACUUUAAUGUUUCAGGUAUCCAACUUGGGCCUGCAGUUGCGACAAUAUGAAUAUUUGUUUUCAGGAUUCUCAAUGGGCUUCAAUUGAAUCCCUGCAUCACAAUAGAACGAUCUUGGCUUGUGGGAAGAGCUGUUUUCCC